CAGAAAUCGAGCACGAGUAUUCCAAAUGCCAUAGCUGGAUUCAAGGAAUUGCUUUCGGCGCAGCCUUUAAGGCAGAGUUUGGAGAAAAUUGCUGCAAGCUGGAUGCAGUUGCAAUUCACCUAAGCCGCUGGGGGACAGCAAUGGGCUUCACUAAGAGUUCGUCGUCUGCACCAUCGACCGAGGAUUGCUCGGAAGAAACCAUUCAAAGGGCCAAAGAGUGCCUGUCCGCGAUCAAUACAGCUUUCUCCCAAGCAUUCGACGAUGGGUCAGUUUUUCUGGAGACGGCAGGACGAGAACAAACCAACAUUUUGGACUCCCAGAUACAAAUUGGAGAGUCUUCCGACGGCUGGAACACAUUACAUAAAGCUUUGCAACAGAUCUACCAAACGCGCACACCAAGAAACAACACAGUACCCAAACCCAAUGUCAUUCGCCUAUACGAACAGGAUACUUUCGUUGGGCUUGUACAAAUUGUAUCCGCCCAGAUCCGACGAUUGAAUAAGGUCUUCCCUUCACUCAAGGCCGAGCAGACUACGCUUUCCUCUGAUGAAGUUAUCGCUAUCAAAGGUAGCGGACCUAUUGUCAUCCUAUGGCUCAAGGGUAUCGUCAAAAGCAACGACGAGUUCCUUCAUGAAGCUCUAGAAAAAGAAACCUCUAACAAGAGAAAUUUCUUUGACGGGACAGACUUGAAGGGGAAGUCCAAGAUGCAUGUUGGGCACAAAAUUGCGCCGGGGGCAAUGGGAAGUGAGGGGCCGACAACUUGGACGAAUACUACCGGAAGUGAAGAGGCGGAGGGGCACGUUGGGAAUAGUUACGGGUACUAAGUGAUGGUCUCCUUUUUGAAUUGCUGAGAAUGAGACGAUGUUUUUGAACACAAUACUAUAUAUGCUACGGCUUAAGUUUGAAAUGGGUCCUGGAUUACAGGGCCCC